AUGAGCUUCAGCGUGGAGGAGAGGGGCAGGCCCAACACCCAGGACUACAGGGUGUUUUUCAAGAACUCCCAGGGCAAAUACAUCUCUCCCUUUCAUGAUAUACCCAUCUACGCUAACGAAAAUAUCUUCCAUGCUGUUGUGGAAGUUCCAAGAUGGACAAAUGCAAAGAUGGAGAUUGCCACCAAAGACCAGCUCAAUCCGCUCAUACAGGACGUGAAGAAGGGAAACCUUCGCUAUGUGGCCAACGUGUUUCCCCACAAAGGUUACAUCUGGAACUAUGGAGCGAUUCCACAGACGUGGGAAGAUCCCAACCACAAGGACGGCGACACCGGAUGCUGUGGAGACAACGACCCGAUUGAUAUUUGUGACAUAGGAAACAAGGUGUGCUCUCGAGGAGAAAUAAUCAAAGUGAAGGUGUUGGGAACUCUGGCUUUGAUCGAUGAGGGUGAAACAGAUUGGAAAGUCAUCGUGAUCAAUACCGAGGACCCGGAAGCUGGAGACUUUAACGAUAUUGAUGAUGUGAGACGGCUUAAACCCGGAUAUCUGGAGGCAACAGUUGAUUGGUUCAAACGGUACAAAGUCCCAGAUGGGAAACCUGAGAACCAGUUUGCCUUCAAUGGAGAGUUCAAGGACAGGGACUUUGCCAUCAAGACGGUGAAGAGCACUCAUGAGUUCUGGAAGGCCCUGAUUUCUAAGCAGACCAACGCCGGAGGGUUGAACUGCAUGAACACCAGCGUCUCAGACAGUCCGUUCUGCUGCUCCGCCGCUGAUGCCGAGGCUGUUGUUAAGUCUGCGAGUGCGUUUGGAGCUGAAGAGCCCAUCCCUAGUUCAGUUGACAAAUGGUUCUACUACGAGAAGUAACGAGGUCAUGAAGCAGAAACAUGAAGAUGCGAAUUCAUCCUCCUUCAUCUGAUUUCAGCAGCACUCAUACCGAGCAGACUGGAUUUUAUAUUCAAUGUCUUCUCUGUUCACACCUGGAUGGCUGAGGGUUUUAUAGGUAAAGCUGCUUGUCGUGUGAUUGUUUCAGAUUCUUUGACAUCGUUUAUCUUUACUGUACAUUAGCCCUCAAUUUCAUGAGUGUCAGUCUCCUCUAAUAAACUGCUCUCAGCCUGG